AUGGUGGACCACAGCCUAGGAUGUCUUAGCACAAUGAAGGGGCUUACUAUAGUACUGCUUCUAAUCACCCUGCAGUAUUCCCAUGCCCUGAGUCCCGCCAACUGUGAUGCUUCCGAGCCUUUGACUGAGAAAGUUCUAGAGCUGAUCAAUAAAGGGCGGAGGAAUGGCUAUGCUUUCCAGCUGCUGCGAGUCUCUGAUGCUCACGUGGAUGUAGUGGAACCGGCCACCGUCUACUACUUGGUCCUAGAUGUGAAGGAGUCUGACUGUUGGGUCUUAUCCACAAAACCCCAGGAUGAUUGUCUUCAAGCUGUUUCUCCACGGCCAUCUGAAAUAGUGAUUGGACAGUGUAAGGUAAUAGCUACAAGAUACUCAAACGACUCUCAGGAUUUCAGAGUGAACAACUACAACUGUACCACAAGUUCUGUCUCUUCAGCCCUAAGCAACACCAAAGACAGCCCUGUGCUCUUGGAUUUCUUCGAGGAUCCAGAGCUUUACAGAGAACAAGCCAACAAAGCCCUUGACAGGUACAAACGGGAGAACGUCGACUUUGCCUCUUUCAGAGCGGAGAAAGUGGAGAGGGUUGUAAGAGCGAGAGGAGGGGAAAGAACCAAUUACUAUGUGGACUUCUCGAUGAGGAACUGUUCCACACAGCAUUUCCCCAGACACCCUCCAGUCUUUGGAUUCUGCAGAGCACUUCUGUCCUACAAUGCAGAAGCCUCUGACUCGGAAGCCCCAGAAGACAUUGACAUCAACUGUGAAGUCUUCGACUUCAAGGAGAGAAACAUGAGUGACAUAAAGCCCCACUGGGGCCAUGAGCAUUCUCCUUGUGGCAAACAUAUGUGCAAGUUCAGUGGAUCCAGGGGUCAUCAUCAUACCCACAAGGCCUAUGGACAUGGCCACCCACCUCUAUCAGAAGGAGCAGCUGACUCAGACAGACCACCACAUCAAGAAGGGUUCCUCCCACAGCGCCAUUCCCAUAGACCCCCUCAUAAUCACAGUUGUGAGCAUCCUUCCCAUGGACAUCAUCCACAUGGACACCACCCUCAUGGACAUGAGCAUCAUAGACACCCUCCUCAUGGACACCAUCCCCAUGGACACCCUCCUCAUGGACAUGAGCAUCAUAGGCACCCUCCUCAUGGACACCAUCCCCAUGGACACCCUCCUCAUGGACAUGAGCAUCAUAGGCACCCUCCUCAUGGACACCAUCCCCCUGCAGACAAUCCCCAUGGACAUGAUUUCCAUGACUAUGGACCCUGUGACCCACCCUCUAAUAGCCAAGAACUCAAAGACCAACAUCAUCAGGGCCAUGGCCCACCACAUGGCCACGGCCCACCACAUUUCCAUGGCCCACCACAUGGCCACUCAAGAAAAAGAGGCCCAGGUAAAGGGUUCUUUCCUUUCCACCAACGACAAAUAGGAUACAUCUACCGACUCCCUCCACUAAAUACAGGUGAAGUUCUAGCUAGUCCUGAGGCCAAUUUCCCCAGCGUCUCAUUGCCAAAUUGCAAAAAUCCCCUACAACCAGAGAUUCAAUCCUUCCCCGAGGCAGCCUCAGAGUCAUGUCCAGGGAAAUUCAAGAGUGAGUUUCCACAAAUUUCUAAGUUUUUUGCAAAUAUGCCUCCAAAAUAA